UUUAAGGAUUCAAAAACAAUCUGUGGCAAAAAAACCUAAAAAUACUGGGUUUGGGUUCUUUGGUACGAUGUUGAAGAGAAUAACUAACCGAAAACGGAAGAAUCUUACUCUGGAUAAUGAUGAGAUUAAAGUUUCUGUGAAGGAUAUUUUGAAAUGGGAUUCUACUAAUGGCCGUAAGAGAAUCACAGAUGAGAUGAUGGAAGUUACAAAAGCAGAGGAUUCGGACGAUGAAAUUAGGGCUUCUGAUAUGGGUUUUUCAUGUUCUUGUAAUAACAGUAGAGUUAGCAGCAGUGCUUGGUCUGAAAGUAAUGAAGAAAAAUCAUUAGAUUUAGAGACUUCUAGCAGUAGGUCUGAUGAAGAUUCUGAUGAAGAUGAUUUUGUGGAAGAACAUAUCAGAGGAGAUUUUUGUUCUACAUAUGAGAAAGAAUUUUGUUCAAGUCCAUUUAGAUUUUUUCUUGAUAAUUCUUCAUCCCCUACCGGUCAAAUUACACCGGAAUUUAGGUCUCCGGUAUCUUCCCCGGCUCGCCUCAAAAAGCAGGUUUGCUUUCUUUCUUUUUUACCACUUUCGCUUUUAUUUGGAUAAUUUAAUUUUAUUUUA